CAUGUCAUGUGAUAUGUCGACUUGGUGGUAUCCACCAGGGACUCAACUUCGGAGGAGCACUUUGCACAGCAGGAACCUGGAAGUUACUCGCCAUGUCUAAACCAAGGAGAACUGUCGCUGCAUUCUCGACCAGCAUCGCAGCGUGCGCACCGACAGCAACUGCAUAUGGCGCUUGUAUCUCAGCAACGAUGAGCGAUGUGCACAAAGGUGUCUGUGAAAAGGAAUUCAUUGCCUUCAAGGAGUGUGUCCAGACGUCUAUGAAACGGAAGUGGUAAUGCCACACAUAGUACGAAACACAUGAAGUCCACGCCAAACCAACGCCGAUGAGCCAAUUCAUCAAACACAGGAGGAAGGGAUAGCGCCUUUUUCUCAGAUCAGUUGGCAGGCCUUUUAUAAGUGUCAGUUUCAGUAUCAAAAACAAAUGUGCAAAAAAAAAAAAAAAAAA